GCCGGCGGUGGCUCCCGGAAGAAGGAUGGUGGCGGCAACAGCGGAGGCCGGUCCCGGGCCUAGGGACGAGUUGGUGCAGGACGUGAUUCCAUACCGGCGGCGGUCACGUCUGCUGUGGGGGACGGUGUUGCCCUUCUGCGUGUUCUACCCGCUCUGGCUGUGGUUUUGGGGGGCAAGCGCCUGCGCCUGGGUUUGGGGGACAGCCGCCGGCACCGAGACCCCUGAGGCCGCGCUACUUUUCCUCGCCGCUAUUGGGGUCGUCCACCUUCUCACGGCGUUAGCCGGCCUGUGGAGCGUCAACGUCCACUGCUUGCUCUACUGCUGUUGGGUGCGCAAUCCAAGGAAAGCCACCUUGGCCAAAGUUGUGCCAACUCCAAAUAAUGGCUCUGCAGAACUGGUGCCACUCAACCGAGAUCAGGGAGAAGAUGGACAGGAGGUUCUUUCCUUUGAAUUUCAAAAAAUCAAAUACUUUUGCGAGCUAAGUGAAGGCAAAAAAUUCCUUCCUGUGGCAUUCCCUGUGGAGUACCCACUGCAGUAUUAUCAGAAUGCUCGUGGUUACCAGGAAGAUAAAGAAAUCAAAGCAGCAGAAAAAAAAUAUGGCACCAACAAGGCAGAGAUGGUUGUGCCAGAAUUCCUGGAGCUCUUCAAAGAGAGAGCAACAGCUCCUUUCUUCGUCUUUCAGGUAUUCUGUGUGGGCCUGUGGUGCCUGGAUGAAUACUGGUACUAUAGCGUCUUCACUCUUUCCAUGCUGGUAGCUUUUGAAGCAUCCCUUGUCCAGCAGCAGAUGAGGAACAUGUCUGAGAUCCGAAAAAUGGGCAACAAACCCUACAUGAUACAGGUUUACAGAAACAGGAAGUGGCGGCCAAUUUCCAGUGAUGAGAUAAUUCCAGGGGAUAUUGUGUCAGUCGGCCGCUCUCCCCAUGAGAACCUUGUACCAUGUGACAUGUUGCUACUGCGAGGAAGGUGCAUUGUAGACGAAGCCAUGUUGACCGGAGAGUCAGUCCCUCAAAUGAAGGAGCCAGUUGAGGAGUUGGAUCCAGAUCAUGUCCUGGAUAUGCAAGUGGAUUCCAGGUUGCAUGUCAUUUUCGGGGGAACAAAAGUUGUGCAGCAUAUUCCACCACAAAAAGCCAGCACUGGCCUGAAACCUGUCGAUAAUGGGUGUGUGGCCUAUGUUCUGAGGACAGGUUUCAAUACUUCUCAGGGGAAGCUCCUACGUACAAUCCUCUUCGGGGUGAAACGGGUAACAGCCAACAACUUGGAGACCUUCAUCUUCAUUCUUUUCCUCCUCGUCUUUGCCAUUGCUGCCGCAGCCUAUGUAUGGAUCGAAGGCACUAAAGACCCCACCAGGAACCGUUACAAGCUCUUUCUGGAAUGUACUUUAAUUUUAACCUCGGUUGUCCCCCCUGAACUUCCCAUUGAACUUUCCUUAGCCAUCAACACCUCACUCAUUGCUCUUGCUAAAUUAUAUGUUUAUUGCACAGAGCCAUUCCGCAUCCCCUUUGCAGGCAAGGUCCAGAUUUGCUGCUUUGAUAAAACUGGCACACUCACCAGUGACAACCUUGUGGUGAAGGGUGUGGCUGGGCUUAGAGGGGGGAAAGAAGUGACCCCUGUGUCAGACAUUCCAGUUGAAACUCAUCGGGUCAUUGCCACAUGUCAUUCCUUGAUGCAGCUGGAUGAUGGGACACUGGUGGGUGACCCACUGGAGAAAGCCAUGCUAACUGCUGUGGAAUGGACUCUGACAAAAGAUGAGAAAGUUUUCCCCCGAAGUAUUAAAACUCAGGGACUGAAAAUUCACCAACGCUUUCAUUUUGCCAGUGCCCUGAAAAGAAUGUCGGUCUUGGCUUCCUAUGAGAAGGUUGGCUCCACUGAUCUGUGUUACGUUGCAACUGUGAAAGGGGCCCCGGAGAUGCUGCAUAAGAUGUUCUCUCAGUGCCCAAGUACCUAUGAUGCUAUUCACACAGAGAUCUCAUGCAAGGGAGCCAGGGUUCUGGCACUUGGCUACAAGGAAUUGGGGCACCUCACUCAUCAGCAAGCACGAGAAAUAAAGCGAGAGGCCCUGGAAUGUGACCUGCAGUUCAUGGGCUUCAUUGUAGUCUCCUGCCCUCUUAAAGUCGACUCGAAGCCAGUUAUCCGUGAGAUAUUGAACGCUUCCCACCAUGUAGUGAUGAUAACGGGUGACAGCCCAUUGACUGCUUGCCACGUGGCCCAGGAGCUGCACUUCACCCAAAAGGAGCAGACUCUCAUUUUGCAGCCACCUCACAGUGAAGGUUCCAGCUGGCAGUGGCAGUCCAUCGGUGGCACCACCGUCCUCUCAGUUGUCCCAGAUUCACUGCAGGAGCUGACCAGCAACCACAACCUGUGUGUCACAGGGGAGGGUCUCACUCAGCUGCAGGCUACAGACUCACAGCUGCUGCUUAAACUCAUCCCACACAUCCAAGUCUUUGCACGUGUUGCACCCAAGCAGAAGGAGUUUGUGAUCACAACACUGAAGGGACUUGGCUAUGUGACUCUGAUGUGUGGGGAUGGGACCAAUGAUGUGGGGGCUCUGAAGCAUGCUGAUGUGGGUGUGGCUCUGCUAGCCAACGCCCCGGAGCGCAUCCCCGAGCGCAGGAAAAAGCCUCGUGAUGGAGUGGCUGAUGGGAGAACUGCUGCUGCCUCUUCUCUUGUUGGGAGCAACGUGAGGCCCACCUCCCGGGCUGCCAAGCACAGGCUUCUGUCUCUUAGAGAGGAGCAGCUUGCUAUACAACGACAGGAGAGGAUCAGCCAGGUGCUAAAAGAUUUGGAGGAGGAGCAAGUACCCAUUGUGAAGUUGGGUGAUGCCAGUAUUGCAGCUCCAUUCACCUCUAAGCUUUCCUCUAUACAGUGCAUCUGUCACGUGAUCAAGCAGGGCCGUUGCACGCUGGUCACCACGCUCCAGAUGUUCAAGAUCUUGGCAUUGAAUGCACUCAUCUUGGCCUACAGCCAGAGUGUCCUUUAUCUGGAAGGUGUGAAGUUCAGUGAUUUCCAGGCUACGCUGCAGGGCUUGCUCCUGGCUGGCUGCUUUCUUUUCAUCUCCCGAUCCAAGCCUCUGAAGACGCUCUCCCAAGAGCGCCCACUCCCUAAUAUCUUCAAUCUGUAUACAGUUCUUACAGUGUUGCUACAAUUUGUGGUUCACUUUAUCAGUCUGGUAUAUCUGUAUCGAGGUGCACAAGCCCGCAGUGAGCCCAAGAAAGACGACUUUGUGGAUCUCUAUAAGGAGUUUGAACCCAGUCUUGUGAAUAGCACUGUCUAUAUCAUGUCUAUGGCCAUGCAGAUGGCUACAUUUGCCAUCAAUUAUAAGGGCCACCCGUUCAUGGAAAGUCUAAGGGAAAACAAACCUCUGCUGUGGAGCAUCAUUCUUUCAGGACUAGCAAUUGUCGCCCUUUUGACUGGCUCCUCCCCAGAGUUCAAUGAACAGUUUGGACUGGUGGAAAUCCCAACAGAGUUUAAACUAGUGAUCACUCAAGUUCUGGUGGCCAACUUCUUCAUUGCUCUGCUCAUAGACAGAAUCCUGCAGUUCCUACUAGGCAGCACAAAGCUCAAAGUGCCUUCUUGAGACUAAUUCUCCCUUGGCAGAAGUGAAGUGAAGGACACCCAGAAAGAGAUACCACCAAAAUACAGCACUACAAAAGGAAUAUUUAUUCUUGGAUAGCUGUUUUAUUCCAGUUUGGGACUGGCAGGCAGUUUCUUAUUGUGUUAGUCUGGAAACCACAACAAAAGUUGUGCAAGGGCCUACAUGAAUCUUCACGUGUCUGCCAAACAGGACAGCAGUUGUUAAUCUUUGUACUGCCUCUUCACUCCUCCUGGAAAGGUGGUCAUGAGAUUUGAUAAUAAAAUGGCAAUCAGUGCAUUUUGAAAUAUG